AUGAGUUAUUUCUUCCGGGUCGCCACCAUGGCGUGUUGCUGAACACGUGAGUUUUGGUGUCCACAAACCGGUGAUUUAAUACAUCUAAACCAAUAAACAUGGCAUCAAUGGAGGAGGACUUUCCUCGAGGAGGGACAACGAAGAAGCCCAGUGAGAGUAAAAGAGUGGUGCAGCGGGCAGAAGUGGACAACUUGUUUCAGUCAGAUGAAAAAGCAGAAACUAAGAAAAGAAAGGGGGCCACCAAAGAUGACAGCAAGAAGCUCAAGAAGCAAAAGACAGAUAAGAAACAAACAGAUGGCCUGACACUCAACGCAGCUGCCAAAUGUGUGGAAAUUCUGCAUAUCAAGAAUGUGAAAGAGGGCACGCUGAUGCUGGGCUCUGUGAAGGAUGUGACAGACUUUGAGGUGACAGUCAGUCUGCCUUGUGGCCUGCAAGGCUUCCUCAGCAUCAAGAACAUCUGUGACUCGUACGCAAAGCUGCUCACUGAGCAACUGGACUCAGCUGAUACAGAGGAAAUCUGCUCUUUGCCACACAUCUUCCACCCUGGCAUGGUGCUCAGAUGUGCUAUUGCCAAGUUGGAUACAACUAAGAGAGGAUCUCUUAGUAUCCAGCUGUCUGUCAAUCCAAAGCUGGUCAACAAAAGUCUCGCCUCAAGUUCUCUGAAAGCUGGCAUGGUCUUGACUGGGUUCGUGGAGAGUGUGGAGGAUCACGGCUGCAUAGUUGACAUUGGCAUUAAUGGCUCUAAAGCUUUUCUGCCUAAGAAUGCCAUAAAAACCAAACAGAACAACCCAGGAGAGCUGAAAGCGGGUCAGUAUGUGACUUCUCAAAUAGAAGAGGUGAAAAACGAUGGACGUGUGGUCCACCUUUCUGUCAACCCUGCUGCCAUCGCCCAGGCCUGUGCUGAAGCCAAGCAGGGCUGGAACCUCACCAACCUUCUGCCGGGCCUUCUGGUCAAAGCUACCAUCAAGAAGGUGACCAAACAUGGUCUGCUUCUGGACUUCUUGUCCUCCUUCAGUGGCCAGGUAGACAUCCUCCACAUGGAGCCAGGACAGACAUCGAGCUACACCGAAGGAGCUCAGGUGCAGGCCCGUGUGCUGUAUGUGGAACCAUCGUCCCGUCUGGUGGGACUGAGCCUCCGCAGCCACCUCGUUCAUCCUGGGGCUGUGGUGGAGACGUUUCCUGCUGGUGGGGACCGGAUUGGUGAGGUGAUACAUGAGUGCAAGAUGACCGCUAUGCACCACAUGUCUGGAGCCAUGUUGGAACUGCCGGACAAAACACCAGCCUUUGUGCAUAUUAACCACCUGAAAGAGUCUCAUGGGUCAGCUAAUGAAAACAGAGUGUUUGCCAAGCCUGUGCACACCUGUAGGGUUCUGGACUUCAGCCCCAUGGACCAAAUUCAUUUUGUUAGUUUACGCAAGAGUAUAAUUGCGAAGCCUUUUUUUAGAUACCAUGAUCUUCAGGCUGGUCAGGUUGUAGAGGGGACAGUGUCAGUCCUGCUGAAUCAUGGCAUGGUGGUGCAUCUGUCCGACCACAUUAAAGGCCUGGUGCCUCGGACGCACAUUUCUGAUGUCGUCCUCAAGAACCCAGAGAAGAAGUACGUGGAGGGCAUGAAAAUCAAAUGUCGGGUGCUGUCAGUGGAUGCAGAGAAUAAGAAGCUGUACCUGACCAGAAAGAAGGCUCUGGUUGAAAGCUCCCUGCCAUUGUUCCUCAGUUAUAAUGAUGCCCGUCCCGGCCGAGUGUCCCAUGGCUACAUCGUGUGCAUCAAAGGCUUUGGCUGCAUCGUCCGUUUCUACAAUAACGUCAAGGGUCUGGUACCAAUCCACGAGCUCAGCUCUGAGCCCAUCAUCAAUCCUGAGGAGGUUUUUUAUGUCGGGCAGGUGUUAAAGGCAAAAGUUCUUCAGUGUGACCCCGAGAAGGCAAAGAUGGUGCUGUCAUUUAAAGCAGCGCUGGAGGGGACAAUUGAGGACGCUACCAAUCCUCAGUUUGACUGUGAGGUGGGGCAGAGGGUGGAGGCAAAGUUGUUGAAAAAGUCAGUCAACGGUGUGGAAAUGGCCAUCCUUCCCAAUGAUGUCCGUGCUUCACUACCCAUGAUGCACCUCUCUGAUCACAUGUCCAACUGCCCUUUGAUGUGGGAGAGUCUGCAGGAAGGAGACAUCAUCUCGAACCUCGUCUGCAUCAGCAAGAACAAGCAGAAUAUUAUUCUCACCAAGAAACCAACAGUGAGAUGGUCUCUGGAGGAAGGACUGGCUGCCAAAGACUUCUCUGAGAUCACAGUUGGAACUCAACUGUUCGGAUGGAUCAAGAACAUUAUGUCCUACGGUGUCUUUGUAGAGUUUCCGUACGGCCUUGUUGGUCUUGCACCUAAAUCGGCCAUGACCGACAAGUUCCUCAGUGAUACCACGGCUGCCUUCCAGCUGGGCCAGACGGUCAUUGCUAAAGUGACCAACCUGGAUGAGGAGAAGCGGCGAUUCCUGGUCACGCUGAAGAUUUCUGAGGUCAUUUCUCCACAGGGGGACAAUCAGACUAGACUCAUUAAUGGCCUGCAGGAGAGAAAAGCUGUGGGUGAAAUGCUGGCUCGGACAGGUAACAGUGAACUCCGCCAGCAUUUGGCUGCUCUGUCUGUUGGUGAGAAGCUGAAGCUGACCGUGGACACCGUGAAGGAGGGUGCCACAUUUAUAUCCGACGAUUUGACCGGUGCUACCAUACAGGCCACCAAGCAUCACAUCAUGGGUGUUAAUCUGACCGAGGGACAGAAAGUAACGGCGGUCGUCCUUCAUGUUGACAUCUUGUCUGCUUGUGUUCACGUUUCCAUCCUUCCCAAGCUGUUGAUGAAGAAGAGAUCUUUGACUGAAGAAUCAAAACACACAGCGAUGGUACAGUUCAUAGACAAAGACUUUGCUGUCGUCUCACUGGACAACACGGCACAGCUGACUGUGAUCCAAACGAGCAGCAACCUGAAUGAUGUUUUGCUGUCUGAAUCAGAGAAGCUGAAGGCUGGUAUGACUUUGGCAGUAGAAGUUUUAGAACCUAGCUGUGAGCAGAUCCAAGGGCUCCCCCUGGUGUCAUGGGAGCGCAGUGCACCGAAGCGACAGUGCACGACCUCGGAGAGCCUGACUGGCUCCAACGGUCACUGCUUCGGUGAACUCCUGAAGGGGAAAGUGCGGACGGUGAAGCCUACCUGCAUACAGGUGACGCUAGAAGAUGGAAGCACCGGCAGCGUGCACGUGUCUGAGGUGAUCGAGCCUGCAGAGGUGAGCCUGGGGUCCUUCCCCACGUCGUCGGUGAAGGUGGGCAGCGUGGUCACCGCCAGGGUCAUUGGAGGACGAGAGGCCUCCAGUCAUAGAUUCUUGCCGUUCUCCCAUCCCAAAUUCAGAUACACCAUUUCUGAGCUCACACUUAUCCCCAGCAAACUGGACAAGAGUGUAGAUUUCAAACCAGUUACAGCCAAAGAAAAACUCAGCAGUUAUAAGGUCGGGGAGGAGAUUACGUGCUUUGUAUCAAAGUUUCAUCCAGAUAGAAAGUGUUUAGAAGUCACCACUGAUCCUUCUGUUACUGCGACGGUUGAACUACUGGCAAUGAUCACCGAUCCUAAGGAUGCCAGCCACCCACAAAAACUGUACAAACUGGGCCAAGCAGUCCGCGCUAAAGUGGUAAACGUCACUUCUAACCGCAUUAUGCUGUCGCUCACAGGUGCCCAUGAACUAGAGAAAGGCAGCACUGCUUUGGGAAUAGUGACUAAUAUUCAACCACAAGCAGGUCUCCUGGUCAAACUUCCCUUUGGCGGCAAGGGGACUGUGUCCAUCACUGACCUUGCUGAUGCCUACAAGCCAAAUCCCCUGGAUGCGUACAGCAAGGAUCAGCUUCUCAGGUGUUACCUUCUUGGUAACGAAAAUGGCAAAUGGCAGUUGUCUCUGCGUCCAUCAAGGCUGAACCCACAGCAGGAGAAACUAGUAAAAGACCCAGAAGUGUUGUCUGUCGACAAACUGAAGGCAGGACAGAUCAUCAGAGGCUACGUGAAGUCUGUCGGAGAGCAGGGGGUCUUCAUCAGGUUGUCAGGAAGCAUCACUGGAAGAGCCGAACUUCAGCAGUCGACCAAGUACUUUGUUAACAACCAUACGGUCCUGUCUGCUCACCUGCCUCCCAACACGCUGCUCACCACCAAAAUCCUCAGUAUUGAUGAAGAGGAGGAGUUCAUCAACCUCUCUCUGCUCCCCGUGGACACUGGGAAGUCAGACAUCCUCCCAGAGUCUCUCGGUCUGCCACUGCGUCUCUUUGGAGAGGAAAAGAAGAAACAUGAUACAAAGAAAAUGAAGAAACGCAAACUGUCUGAAGGGGAACAGAAACAAGCAGAGCCUGAGGUCCCAAAGAAGAAGAAGAAAAACAAGAAAGCAAGAACUGAUGACAGUGACAGUGGAGUGGAGGUGUACUUCAGAGAAGAGGAGGAAAAGGAAGAUGAAGAAAACCCUGUUCCUGCAAAAGUGACCUCCAGCUCAGCAGCUCCAUCCAGACUGCAGGUGGCAGCAGGUUUCUCCUGGGACGUUGGACUGAGCUCCCUGAAACCUGCCGCUGCAGCACUGGACAGAGACUCCAGCGAUGGAGAAGACCAAGACGUAAGCACUAAGCCCCAGAAAAAGUCUCGCCAUGAACUGGAGCAGGAGAAAAAGGCAGCGGAGAAGGCCUUGGUACAGAGAGAGACUGAGCUGAUGGAUCCAAGCCUGCGGCCCGAGGAUGCUGCUGCCUUCGAGCGCCUGCUUCUCGCUUCACCCAACAGCUCGCUGCUCUGGCUCCAGUACAUGGCUCACCAUCUGCAGGCAACGCAGAUCGAACAAGCUCGUGCUGUGGCUGAGAGGGCCCUCAAAACGAUCUCCUUCAGGGAGGAGCAGGAGAAGCUGAAUGUGUGGGUAGCCCUGCUGAACCUGGAGAACAUGUAUGGCACUGCGGAGAGUCUGAAGAAGGUGUUUGAGCGGGCGGUGCAGUUCUGUGAGCCCAUGCCAGUGUACCAGCAGCUGGCUGAUAUCUACGCCAAGUCCAACAAAAUCAAGGAGGCGGAGGGCCUGUAUAAGACGAUUGUGAGGCGUUUCCGUGACAAUAAGGCAGUGUGGUUCAGCUAUGGCACCUUCCUGCUCCAGCAGGGUCAGAGUGACGCUGCCAGUGCUCUCCUGCAGAGAGCGCUGAAGAGUCUACCCUCGAAAGAAAGUGUGGAUGUGAUUGCCAAGUUCGCUCAGCUGGAGUUUUCUUACGGUGACGCAGAGAAAGGUCGCAGCAUGUUUGAGAAAGUCCUCACGAGCUACCCAAAACGUACCGACCUCUGGUCCAUUUUCAUCGACCUCCUGGUCAAACACGGAUCACAGAAGGAUGUCAGGGCGCUGUUUGACCGAGUGAUCCACCUGAGUGUUUCAGUGAAGAAGAUCAAAUUCUUCUUUAAGCGCUAUUUGGAGUAUGAGAAGAAGCACGGCACCCCGCAGAGCAUCCAAGCAGUCAAAGAAAAGGCCAUGGAGUUCGUGGAAGCUAAAGGCACAGAAGCUGCCAAGUAAAGACCAAUUAUACAGUCACACACACCCUGUUGUGUAUGUGCGUAGACUGCAAUGUGCCACACUUGAUUUACAACACAUUUGUGGCUGCAGAUUCUUAUACAGGUUCCUCCUCAACGUGAUAAUGAUGUUUUGUUUUUGGGUUUUUUUUAGUUGUUGAUUGGUGAAACCUGCUGAACCUGAAAGUCUGCUUGAUUACAUAAUGUUGCACAAGACGACAAACCUUUUGUAAAGCGGGUUGUUAUCAUCUAUAAAUGUUAAAAACAAACUUGUAUUUAACAGUGUCUUUCCUUUUUAACCAUUUUGUAUGAUACAGUGUAAGAGACCAAUUAAUGUUAUGAAUAUUAGUUUACGGCAUUUCUUAACAGAUUUGUAAAAGACUUCUUGUAUGAAAACGUUCUAUUAAUUAGCCAGUUGACCUUUCAAUAAAUCCACCACCAUUACAAUACA